CCUUUUACCACUUGGGUUUUGUGGGAGGUUAUUUUCUGUUUAGCGUAUGUGCCUUACGGAACUGUGCGUUUUCGUUUUUCCCUUUUGUUUCUUGAAAAUAAAUAUCAUGAACACUUACCACGCUGCGUUUUGGUCCCCUUCUCAUUCUAAUGACGAGCGUUACACCAUGUCACACAGGUACACAUAUUGUCAGUCUACACUCACAGGGAAGAGGAGCGGCAAACUCAGUCCUUCUUUCAACACACACACACAGAACAUACCGUUUCUGUCUUUCAACAUCAGGAGACAGUCAUCAUCAUGUGGAUCUCUGUGUUUCUGAUCAGCUCAAUCCUUCACAUUACUGCAGGAAAUGAAGGCUGUACUCUGUCAGGCACUAACCAUCCACUGCAGGAGAUCACUGCAUUCACAGGCCAGUCUGUUCUCCUGCCCUGCUCCUGUACUGUACGUCAGUUUGAUACUCCCAGACUCACAUGGACUAAAUUCACCCUCAGUCAGGAGCCUGUGAUAUUAACCCAGAGUGAUCUCUACAUAGACAGAGUGGAGCUGUUUAAUAGAAAAUGUCCUGGGAACCUCUCGGUCCUCCUCUCACACCUCACUCAGGAUGAUCAGGGAGAUUACAGAUGUACAAUCGAUGAUAGAGAAAACUGGGACAGAGUGAGGGACAUCAGGCUCCAUGUUAAAGGCUGCAGUUUGUCAGACUCUAACCAACUGGAGAUAGUUCGAUCCCCGGGCCAGUCUGUGCUCCUGCCCUGCUCCUGCAAUGAACUCCAGGCUAAACCUCAUGGACUGACAUGGACUAAACACCCCGAUAUACCAUUAACCAAGAGUGAUCUCUACAGAGACAGAGUGACGAAGUUUAAUACUGAGAGCUCUCCAGGGAACCUCUCUGUCCUUCUUUCAUUCAUCACUAAGGAGGAUCAGGGGUGGUACAGGUGUACAAUCAACAACCUAGACUCUAGAGACAUACAUAUCACUGUUAAAGAGACAGAUGGGAAGAAAGAAAACACCAUCACCAAACACCCAAAAGUAACUCCAACCAAAAGAUCAGAGACUACAGAAGCACUACCAACAACUGCUUCUAAUGGAACAGACAGAGUGAGGACUUCAGGAGAAGCUCCAUCUGCAUCCUCUCUGCAAAACAAUACAAUCCAAUACAUCUUAAUGGCUGUCCUACCAGUCAUACUGGUCAUCGCUGGAAUGGCUUUGUACAUAUACAAGAGAAAAAGAAAGAAAACCACAGGGGAUGAUAGUAGUGGGAUCAAAACAGAAGGAGAGAAGAAUGAUGAGGAUGAUUCUACUGCAAUGUAUUCCACGGUUGCGGACAGAAACACUGGUUUAGGCAACAACACAACACCACUCAGUGCACCAGAUGAUCCCAAUGCAAUAUAUGCUGCGGUUCAACACAGAAACGCAAACCAAGAGGAUACAACUACACCACUUAGUGCUCCAGAUGAUCCCUCAGUGAUAUACUCCACCAUUGUCCACAUGAAAGGAAAAGGGAAGGCAGCAGUGAGUCUGGAGAGCAGUGGAGAAAUAGAAUACGCCAGUGUCAAGACAGGCAGAUCCUCCUAGAGCCACUAUACAACGCUCACAAGGCUCACAGCCUUAUACUACAGAGAGAUCUCAAACAGUAUUGUGCCCAGUAUCAUGAGGCUUUAUCUGGCACACUUAACUGUAAAUAUAUUUCAAUCUCCAAUAACACAUGUUUAGUGGUUAGCUUGGCACAGGAAAUCAGGGGCGAACAUAUGGAAUUGUUUUAAGAUGGUCAUACUAUGUAUCGUUUAGCUACUUGAUUUUCAUUUUUUGUUGUGAAGCAGAGACAUGCAAAGUGCCUUAAAUGGCUUGUGAUUUACCUAGUUCCCUUUUUAUUUUGCUGUUUUGUAAUAGAGACGGAUGACUUCAGCCAUUUAAAAAAAAAAGGGAGAUGUGGUUUUGAUGUGUAUAGAAACAUCUUUCGCAAUCACUAUUGCAAGAGGUUUCAUUGGUGGCUAUUCAAAGUGAUAUAUCACCCAUUUUAACAUAUGAAUCUUAUCUUUCUGCCAAGUAGCUGGUACACCUUGAAGAAUUCAUAAUUCUUGAAGUUGACAACAAAAAUGUAAAAUGUUUGUAUUUUUAAGCCUAAGUUUGUUACAGCCAACUAUCUUUGUAAAAACAACCUAUUGUCGAAACCAGUCAGUUAGCUACUUCCUCUUUGGUCUAACGGACAAAUCACAAAUUGUUGUAUUCCUGAACAAUAAAAGCACUCUAGCAAUGUCA